AGCUCGAACCGUUUUGCAUUAAUCUAACGGAUUUUGUGUUUUCGCCACGUAUAAAAGUAAAAGUAAAAAAAAAAAAAAAAUAGCUGAGAGAAUUUCCAAUUCAUAGACAAUCCAGAAAGUAAAACCAACGGCAGGAUGAAACUAGAAAUACAAAAUGAGCCACCGCAAUACCUCAAUGAGCAAUUCUUCAAGGCUGCCCUGGAAGAUGGCCUGCGUGACAUGCGUGUCGAUAUAAAGAAAAUCAUAUUCGCCGAAUCGAAUGGGGGCGGUGAGAAUUAUUGCAGUAAAAUAUAUCGCGCAAAAGCUUUGUAUAGAAGUAGCAAACGUCAAUUGGACGAAGAGUUGGCGUUGAUUGUGAAAAGUAUUGCGAUAACUCCGGCCACACAGUUCCUGGAAGAAUUGGCGGUAUAUUUGCGCGAGAAGAUUUUCUAUUUCGAUGUGCUUGGACGGCUGGAAGUGCUGAUAGGGGAUGGCGCGAAAUUUGGACCCAAAUGUUUCUACACCACCAGAGAACCCAUACAGACCAUUGUCUUCGAUGACCUCACCCAGUAUGGCUACAAAUUGGCCAGCCGACAAAAUGGACUUGAUGAGGCACACUGUGUGGUUAUACUGCAAAAAUUGGGCAAAUUCCAUGCGACUUCUAUGGUGUUGGCAGAAAAGGACCCCUCUGUUCGUGAACAAUUCACCACCGGCAUGCUAGACGAGCACUACAUACGCACCAAUGAACGCUUCAUUGACUUCAUGACACUCCAGUUGCGCACACUCGCCGAUGUGGUGGCAAAGUGGCCUGAUUAUGAAUCGAUUGCCGUGAAAUUGCAUCGCCACUGUGACAAUAUCAAAGAGAACCUCGUAAUAACGGGACAACCCACGCCUGGCGAGCUGACUGUGCUAAAUCAUGGCGAUUUGUGGGUUAACAAUUUCAUGUACAAAUACGAUGCGAAUGAGCCGACAAAGCCCAUCGAUGCAAUAUUCGUCGACUUUCAAAACAGCUUCUUCGGUAGUCCUGGCUGCGAUAUAAAUUUCUUUCUAAAUAGUAGCGUACAGCUGGAUGUGCUUGUGAAUCGUCGUGACUUCCUCGUGCGCAGCUACUACCAGGCAUUGCGUGAUUCGCUCGAACGUAUGCACUACGCACACAUCCCUACUUUGUACGACAUUGAAAUGGAAAUACGCGCUCGCGAACUGUAUGGCUUCUUUUCGUCUUACGCUUUCUUGCCAAUGGUGGCGAUGCGCAAAGAGGAUUCUGUAGACAAUAGCAUAGAAGCGUUGAGUAAUCAGGAAUUUGCGCGCAAGAAAGUGCAACUGAUGUUCUCAUCGAAUCCACGCACCACAGAUACGUUACGAUAUGCUCUUAGACGUUUCGAUGAACUGGGUAUAUUCGAUUGAGAAGCUACUAGAGGUGAAGAAGCUAAACAGGGGCGGCAGUUAGCCAUUGGCUCAUUUCAUAUCGUCGUUUUUUAUUUUCAUUAUUCCAUGCAUUCCAUUACCCGUAUUUUUUAAUUUUAAUGUACAAUAUAAUGUAAAUUUUUAUUAUAUA